AUGGCCAUCUAUAUCUUCGAGCUUCUUGUCUCCAACUUGUCUUCUUUCAUCCACAUCCAACUCCAACUUCAACUCCAACUCCACUCACCUCGUGUCAUGGACGACACACAACCACCAUCCUCUGUGAUGGACCAUCCACAAGCACCAACUGCUUUCAUAGGCAGCCCUCAAACACCACUACCUGUCGUUGACACGCCGGAGCCUACCAUGGUUUCACAGAAGCGUGAUCGGUCUCCAAGCCCGCUCUUCGUACAGCAAGACGAAGGCACACCAUCACCCCCAGAGCGAGAGUUCAAGCGCAUCAAGCUCGAAGUCCGCGCCUCCACUCCCACUCCUACCGACGAAGUCAAUGCGAGCCAAACCAGCGGAAGCAUUUCAAGCCUAAGUCCCACCGACCAGAGUGACUGGAUGCGAAACGGCACAUCUAGUCCAAGCGCCUUUAGCGACAUCACCGCUGCAUCGGCCGGCGAGACUGUCACGGAAGUCACAAGCGUCAAGCCCUUCUUAAGCCCAUUGCUCGUUGUCCCGACGCAGACAAACCAGCUUGCCCUACAGUACAAGGACAUACCACUCCCAGCAAAUUGCCCUCGACUAGCGGCAUACCAUCCACUCUGCGAAAAGACAGAGACCGACAUUACUCGACUUUGUGAUGAUUUCAUCUCCGCAUAUGAUCAGCACAAGACUGCUGGAUUUGAGAGUGCCGAGCUCGAAAGCAUUAGCAGACAGUUUUCUACAUACCGCAGUGUCAGCAAGCACUACCCGCCAAUCAAACCAGUUGCUCUUGCUGGACCGAUGGGCGCCGGUAAGAGUCGGACUAUCAACUCGAUCCUGGACCAACCAGGUCUUGCUCUUGAUAGCGAUGCGUCGGACCGUGGUACCAACGUAGUGCACGAGUAUCUUGGUCCUCGACCCCGUCAGAAGGCCAAGUACCUGGUCAACGUUGUGUACUACUCAGCUUCGCAGCUGAACUCGCGGAUUGCCAACAUCGUGCGAUCCAUCUACCAGUACCUGUCGCUUGAGAAUGGUUCCGGGGACGCCGACGUCGAGGACGAGGAUGACCUGCGAUCGAAGUUCAACAGCUCUCUGAAUUUCUUCCGCACGAUUCUCUGCGACUACGAGGAAUUUGACAGUCGAGAGACUGCCACGGCAUUCUUCGAGGAGCACUUCAAUGAAAAGACCUCGGAGGACGAGCUCACGGAGAUGCUUGAGAACCUGUUCUACGACUUCAAAGCUUCUCGUAAACUUGUGAACGACAUGGAGUCGUAUAUCGCAUCCGACGAAGCGGAACUGUCUCGUAUCUUUGCUCAAGUGUCCAAGCCUCAAGACAUGGAGCUCCAGCACCCACACCCAUGGCCAAUCAUCGAGAAAAUUCAAGUCCGUGUGAGAGACAACGACCUACUGAAGAAAGGUGCACUUGUUGCGGACACGCCUGGCGUCGCUGACAGCGAUGAACUCGUUGUGAACAACACGACCAUGUACUUGCAAAACGUCGGCAUCGUACUCAUUGUGUCGCCGAUCCUACGCACCCAACGCUUGAACGAUCUCAACGACAUUCUUCGGCAAUGUCUCGUCCUUGGGAAAGCCGAGCGAACAUACUUGGUCAUGACGAAAAUUGACCAGAAGGACCCUCUCAAACCGCAUGAGAUUGCCUCCCUCCAGCCGCAGUUUCGGCAAGCCUUCGAGGCAGCCGAAGCGCAGCUCGUGAAGCUUACUCAGGAGAUUAAGGACCUUAAUGUCAAGAAAGACAUCCUUCUCUCCCAGCUCUCGGACUCAACCAAAGUCAUAGAGUUUCAGCAGACACAUGCGCGACUUGGGCUACUACCUUCGCUGAUUAAAGAACAAGAGGCAAAGAAGUUCCAGGUCGCAGUCGAGGCACGCAAUUACGACACUGAGCUACUACUGAAGAACAAAUUCCGCGAGCUGUCGAAGUCAGGCCGUGCUCCCGACUUGAAGACGAUUUUCGUUUCCAACGAAGAGUAUCAGCUCGUCGCUCAAGGAAUGCCAUCAAGACUGGACCCAGCGACUACGGGCAUCCCAGGUCUGCAGCACAUCCUGUGCGAAGUCCCCGCUUGUGAUAAGUUCGGCACGCUCCAGAGCAUUGUUGAAGACCAUGUGGCGGUCAGCUUCCGUGGUGCUGUCUUGUCGUUGACCAAGACAAAACUUGAGAGGAAGGAGCAAGUCCAAAACCGUCUGCUCUGUGUUCUGAAGCAGAGCACUACCGUUGCCGAUUCUUUGAAGAAGUCUGUCGAGCGUGUCUUUGACCAGGUCCUCGCGAACGCCUUCGACAAGCGUGAGCAGAGCUGGCAGGAUAAGGCUCAGCGCCUAAUCAAGGAUUGGGAGACCUUCAACAGCGGCAACUUCACCGCCUUCUGCCGACGCAGCGGGGCCUGGAAGCCCAAGCGCAAGGGUCAAAAGGAGAGGAACAAGAAGAGUCAGAUGAUCUUCUGGAAUGCAAUGAUCCAAGACAUAUUCUCCUCGGAUAUCAGCAAGGAUCUCGAGGAAUUCUGGCAGGGCUUCGACGCCGCCGAAAUUUGCGCCCAAAGCAACAUCCGGGACUGGUUGGAUAGGCUUGAGGACACCCUCAAAGCUUGCCCAGAGUUCCAGGGAGCCUCGGACACUGCGAUGUUCUACGAGAUGCUUCAUCACGUGCGCGAUCAAGCUCAGAAGGCCGUACGACAGAUUCUCAGAUCUCUUCGUCGGGAGACGACGUCUGUGUUCCAUCAGGUCACGAUGCGAGACAAGGCGCAGGAGAACUACGUCGACAAGGCAAUGCAGCCUACCUACAAUGCCGGUGCUAAGAUCGAGACGAAGCAAUUUGCCACCACGACCGGCAAGAAGGUCAGCCCAGGAGCCUUGGCUCAUGACGCCCGAGUCAAUCUCAUCCGCCGCAAGCUCAUGGGCACCGGUAGCUCCCCACUUCCAGAUGGGUCUGACGACACAGCCGAAAACAGCCAGAAUGACGUGGUGAGGCGUGGUGCACAGCUCAGCGUCUUCCAGUCAGUUUUCGAGCAGCUUCAGGACGAGUUCAUUUCCAAGCUCGACGCUGCUGUCUCUGAGACCUCCGACAAGCUCAAGACCACAUGCGAUGACAUCGUUACGGACUUCAAUCGUCGCUACAGCGUCGAAGAAGAGCAGGACACGAACGAUCCUCAGGCGAAGCAACAGCUGCUCGACGCAGCUCACGGCGCUCUGGCCUCUAUCAAGGGCCCGAUCAAGCUGCAACUUGACGAAGCCAAGCGCUGGGAGAAGGAGGGCGACAUUGUCGUGCAGACUUGA